CACCCCAGCCGCCAACAUGUCCAGCAAACGUGCCAAAGCCAAGACCACCAAGAAGCGCCCCCAGCGCGCCACCUCCAACGUCUUCGCCAUGUUCGACCAGUCCCAGAUCCAGGAGUUCAAGGAGGCCUUCAACAUGAUCGACCAGAACAGGGAUGGCUUCAUCGACAAGGAGGACCUGCACGACAUGCUGGCCUCCCUGGGCAAGAACCCCACCGACGAGUACCUGGAGGGCAUGAUGAGCGAGGCGCCGGGGCCCAUCAACUUCACCAUGUUCCUC